AUGUCGUCCACCAGCAACGCCUCCAUUGACAAGUUCAACGGAGAGAAUUACGCAACGUGGAGCCGGUACAUGCGCAGUGUGUUUUUGACGAAGUCCGUCUGGCACGUCGUCAACCGUGAAGUGACUCCGACUUUCACCGACCCGCGAGCGUCCGAUGACUACGUCAAGGCAAGCAACGUCGCGUUUGGUAUGAUGCUGCUGCACAUGAACGCGGACUACCAUCAUGUGCUGGACAACUGCGAGGAAGCCUGGGUUGCGUGGACAAGUCUGAAGACGCUGUACGGUGGGUCGCAGAAGGCAGGACGCAUCUACCUCAAGCGACAACUUUUCAGCAUCAAGAUGGCUGAAGGCGCGAACGUCAUGCAUCACUGCAACGAGGUCCUCAACAUCUCCGCCAAGCUUAGCGGCAUCGGUGCGAAGAUGGAAGACGAAGACGUUGCAAUUUGUCUGCUACUCAGUCUUCCGAAGAGCUACGAAAAUGUGGUGCUCAACAUGGAAAUGAGCAGCACCGAGCUUCGCACUCAAGAUGUGGUGAGAGUCCUGACGAAUGAGCAUGCCAAGCGUCAAGGAGAAAAAGGGACAACGACAGCGACUACGGUGAAGGCUGAAGAUGCAAGCAAGGCAUUCAGCGCCGAGCGUGAGCCCUACCAAUGCACGUAUUGUGGCAAGGUGGGACACACGGUGGAUCGUUGCUGGACAAAACAGAAGAACGAAGGCAAUGGCUACGAUCGAGUGGCGUUUGCAGUCUCGUUCGAAUGUGGAGUUUCGACGAGCAAGGACGUGUCUGGAAUGUGGGCCGUCGACAGUGGUGCAACGCACCACAUUUGCCACGACAAGACCAAGUUCGCAAGUUUGGCAGAGCGCAAUGAGGGCGAACUCUUGGUGGCUGAUGGCAACAAGGUGGCCAUCAAGGGUGUGGGAACCAUAAUGGAAAAGGUGGUUCUGCCCAACGGUGAAGAGCGUGAGAUCGAAAUCAAGAACGCGCUAUAUGUUCCAAGUAUGAGCAAGAACCUGCUCUCGGUACCACAGAUUAACAGCCAUGGCAAGUUUCAAGUCGUGUUUGACGGGUCCAAGAUGUAUGUAUUGAGGGUUACCGGUACAAUCCGAACCUAG